UCCUCUUCUCACACACCAAAUAUACUUGAGUAAUUGAGUUAGUCUAAAUUUACCUUAAUCUACACUCAAAGAACAAGUACUUCAACCUCAAAUAUCAAAUCCAAAUCCAAAUUUCCACAAUUCUCCUAAUUCAAUUCCUCUCAACAACAAAAUUUUCACAUUCUCUUAUCUAACUCUUAAGAUGUCUUUACAAGAACAACCAAUGCAGCAACAACAACAACCACAACCACAACAACAACAACAGCAACCAGUUCAAGUGUAUCCAACCACUGUCACAUACCAAUCACCACCUGAACCUGACCACAAUUCUUCAAAUGGUUCAUUUGGGUCAGUUUUUGUUGUCUUAGCCAUCAUAAUAAUAAUUUCUGCUGUUGCUUGUUGUCUUGGUAGGCUUUGCAGCCGCCGCGGCCGUAACCACAAUCACAAAAAUGUUAAGCAACAAAAGCAGAACCAUAAUAACUCACGUCCAAAAGAAGUUGAUAUUGAAUUUGGGUUUGAUAAAAAAAUUGCAGCUUCUAAGCCUAUUCAUUCACAUGCAGCUUCUAAGCCUAUUCAUGCACAUGCAUCUUCUAAGCCUAUUCAUGGACAUGGAGGAGUUAGAACACAGAAGCCAGUUGUUCAUGGUCAUGAUAUGAAGAGUUUUGAAAUAAAGCUUGGUCCUCCUCAAGGAAAGUUUAGGCCAGGUGCAUAAUGGGGUUAAAAGAAAGUAUUAUGUAGAAUUAGUCCAUUUUCUUAAUUAUUGCAACCAUUUCACUAUUAUAUCAUUUUGUUGCUAUUUAUCUUCUCUGUUUUUUCUAUAUUAGAUUUCCAGCUGCAAGUGGAAAUAUUGAAAUGUAUAAUUAUCUUUUCUACUUCUUUUUCGAAUGGCCAUGUUUUAUUGUAAGAUUUAAAAAAAAAAAUUCUGUUCUAUA